GAUCUUACGAGCAUUUUCUUCCUUGUGGUUUCCGUCUCCUUUUAAUGUUUUUAUGCGCUCACCCACAUCUUUGUCUAUAGUCACACUUAUAGGGUUUAUCCGCAAGUCAUCGCCCUCGUUCGCAGGCUCUCAUUGGUCUCCCUCGCUUGCUUUCUUCUUGUGCUCGGUUGUUGUUGAAAACGUUUGGUGCUUUCCUCCUCUCUCUCUGUCUUCCCUGGUGAUGAUCCAUGGAGUUCGUCCAUGAGCCGCCGUGUAAGAAGCUGAGAUGCGAGCUGGGCGGCGAUGACCCGCGAGCCGAGGCCGAGGCCAAGAACGGCAUGGAGGGCCUGCCGAGGGAGAUCGUCCUCGACAUCCUGUCGCGGCUGCCCAUCACGUCGCUCGUGCGGUUCCGGCUCGUCUGCCGGUCCUGGCGGGCUCUAGGCCGAGACCCGCUUCUUCCCGACGCGCAGCUCGCCCGCACGGCGGCGAGGGAUCCGUUCCUGGUGUUCCACAGCGACUUCCCUCUCAGGAACCAGCUCAGCUUCGUGGAGUUGUCCGCUCAGGACCAGGAUUGUGGGCACAGCGGAUCCAAGAAGAGUUCUGUCGGGAAAUUCAAUCCGCCUUUCUUGAAUUCGAUGCCCGAAUUCGACGUGGUGGGUUCCUGCAACGGCUUGCUGUGCCUCGCCGAUUCGCUCUACAGGGAGACGCUGUUCGUGUACAACCCCUUCACCGGGGACUGCAGGGAGCUGCCACCAUCGCGGCAGUACGCGGACCAGACCGUGGUCUUCGGGUUCGGUUUCCACCCGGCGACCAGGGAGUACAAGGUGAUCAAGAUAGCAUACUACCCGAACCCAUCUAGGGCGGGGGCGGGGUCCCGCCGGGCGCGACGGGUCCCGCACGUGCAGUCGGAGGUUCAGGUCCUGACGCUCGGGAGGAGCCCAGCCUGGCGGAGCCUGGGGCGGGCGCCGUACCAGAUCGACAAGAGGCCAUCGGAGACGGUGGUCAACGGGAGGCUGCACUGGGUCGCGGGGCCUCGGAGGUACCGGACGGCGCGGCAGCUCGUGUCCUUCGACCUGGCGGACGAGCAGUUCCGGGAGGUGCUGAGGCCCGAGGGCGGGCCCAUCGGCCGGUCCAACUACCAGCUGAUGGCCCUGAGGGGCUUCCUCUCAGCCAUAGUCUACUGCAAUUACGGGAGGCUGGAGAUUUGGGUCAUGAAGACAUACAAUGUGAAGGAGUCAUGGACGAGAGAGUACGUCAUCGGGUCAUACAUGCCGAGGGCUCUCAAGCAAAACGUGAACUUCAUGCCGUUCAAGAUGUGGAAGAGCAUGAAUGCGAGGGUCUCUAGGGUUGUGUGCGGAUUGGACAAUGGUGAGAUAUUGUUGGAGUAUAAGAGCGGGGCAUUGGCGGCUUAUGACCCCAAGAAGGGUAAGUUUAGGGACAUUUCGUUGCAGGGCAUGCCCAAAUGGUUCCAUUCAUUUGUUCAUGUGGGAAGCCUCAGCUGGAUAGAUUCCCACUCAGACACAUGACAAUUUCUUUAAAAAACCCAAAAGAAAAAGAAAGGAGGAA